CCCGUGAAGUACGGCCGUCGGCACCAUGCAGAGGAGGCAGAGGGGACGCGGGGGCUCUUCACACUGCACAUCCUGGCAGCGGAGCGCAGCGACACCGGCUUCUACACCUGCAAGGCUGUCAACGAGUAUGGCACCAAGCAGUGCGAGGCCAAGCUGGAGGUCAGAG